AGUUGACGAUCCCAGAGAGCGAGAGAGCUAAACAAAAACCGUACCGACCUACAGGCUGCGGCAAGUUUCAUUCUAAUAACCGCGAUAAAUUCGGAGUUGCGCUGUUCGGAUUCGGUUGGGCGUGUCGCUGACUUGAAAAACAAGAAUCUCCAAACAUGAGUGGCCAGCAGUAUUACCCGUACAAGUGUACCCCCACGGUGUACCCCGCGGAUCCCUUCGACCCCGCGGCGGACGCGGAGACUCUUCGCAAGGCUAUGAAGGGUUUUGGCACAGACGAGAAAGCAAUCAUCGAUGUGCUGUGCCGACGUGGAAUCGUACAGAGACUCGAAAUCGCCGAAACCUUCAAAACUAACUAUGGAAAGGAUCUGAUCAGUGAACUGAAGAGCGAGCUAAGCGGCAACCUGGAGAACGUGAUCGUCGCCCUCAUGACUCCUCUCCCCCACUUUUACGCCAAGGAACUGCAUGACGCUGUUGCGGGGCUGGGAACUGAUGAGGAAGCCAUCAUCGAGAUCCUCUGCACACUCUCCAACUACGGCAUCAGGACUAUCUCUGCUUUCUAUGAACAGUUAUACAACAAAAGCCUGGAAUCAGAUCUGAAAGGCGACACCUCUGGGCAUUUCAAGAGGCUUUGCGUCUCGCUAUGUAUGGCCAAUCGCGACGAAAACCAAGGCGUGGACGAAGGUGCCGCCAAAGCGGACGCAGAGGCCCUGGCUAACGCUGGCGAAGGCCAGUGGGGCACCGACGAAUCCGUUUUCAACUCCAUCCUUAUAACACGCUCUUACCAGCAGUUGAGACAGAUAUUUGCCGAGUACGAGGCGUUGACCGGAAAAGACAUUGAAGAGUCUAUCAAGAAGGAAUUUUCUGGAAGCGUAGAGAAAGGCAUGCUGGCUAUUGUAAAAUGCGUGAAGAGCAAAGUAGGAUUCUUCGCUGAGCGCCUCUACUAUUCCAUGAAGGGCUUAGGCACCAACGACAAGACCCUGAUCAGAAUCGUGGUCAGUCGCUCAGAGAUCGAUCUGGGAGACAUCAAGCAGGCAUUCCUCGAGAAAUACGGGAAACCUUUAGAGGACUGGAUUGCUGGCGACACUUCCGGGGAUUACAAGAAGGCUUUAUUGACCCUUGUCGAAUAAUAUCAGCGGCGAAUAACCACCUAGUUCCAUUAUUUUAAGUUUUGUAUAUGUGUCAAUUGUUAGGUGUUAAGAUUAAGGCGUGGGUACUAAAUUCAACGUUGAAUCUCAGGACUUGGAAGAAAAGUUAUACGUUAUAAGGUCUGAAAGCAUACUGCUAGUGCGGUCUCGUGAUUUUAUUUCAAACAGUGACCUUAUUUAAAUAUAUGUAUAAAAGACUGUUGAGAAAGUACAAAAACAUUUUUCAAAUAAAUAUCUUAGUUCCAUAUAAAUGAAAUAUAACAUUCCAUAGUUUAAGGCUAGUUUAACUUAAAUAUAACGUAAAACGUUAAUUAACUAAGCUCAUCGUGAAGGCAAAACCGUCACUGUAUGAAAUAUCGUUUUCACCCGCACAUCAGUAUGGACACAAUCUCACUCAUUCACUCUCAAGACAGGUGGAACCACAUCUCAAUAUAUUACAAGCUCUGUUUGGUAUCCAUGCCGUUUGUCACAAUGAUCUGUAUAUUUCGCUUGUCACGGUCAUGUAACUUUCUGCACAGUAGCUAACAGCUUCAUGCAUGAGGGUAGUGGUCGAACCACACUCGUGUUUAGUUUUACAAGUAGAUGUUGCAAUUGUUUUCAGGAGGAAGUAGGAGGCCCGAUCGGCAGGCUCCUUUCUACAAUGUGUUACUAAAACGACAGAUUAUAUAAAACUCAAUAUAACGAGCGCCAUAUUGCUGUGUUACUAGAGUCGAAUAAAAUAGUUUUGUAACCAAGUACAAUCACGUUUGCGUUUGAAAAUAUAUUUUUAAUAAACGUUUUUUAAGCUACUUAAGUUAGUUUAUUGAAUUUUAUUUUCAUGCUUAACACGAAUGCACGUUGUGUGAUAUUUUGUAAUGAACUUAUGGGCCAGUUUCUUUUUUUGCUCGCUAAAGUUACAGCAUUGGUUUUCGAUAUUGUUUACAGGAAGACCUAACGGGUGACUUCAGGAAUGUGCUAGUCACACUUUGUGCUUAAUCCUGCAAAAUAAAAUUAGUGAACAAAAUUUUUUGAUUGGAGCUUUGCAUGUUAGUAGUUAACGUAUUCGGAUUCGGAAUUAUUACGGAGUACAAUGUAAUAUUUUGCAGGAUGAUACGAAGGGGGACUACAAACGUGUUUUACUCACUAUCGUGUCGUAGGAGAUCGCAUAAUAAGACUACAAUAUUUAAUAUUUACCUUGUUAAGUUCCGACCUGAAACUGCCUUUGUAUUUGUAUAACUGUUACGAGAUGUAAUAUUAAAGCUUGAUAUUUUCGUGAAAAUGAGAUAUUUAUUGGUGCUGUAGUUUUGUUUAUACUAUUUACAUAUAUUUACAAUAAUUAUAAAUUAAACGAUGUAUGUUCA